AUGACUCAUACAUCAAGCUUCAAGAAUGAUCACCCAUUCGAAAAGAGAAGAGAAGUAGCUGAAAGAAUUAGAAGCAAAUAUACCGAUAGAAUCCCAGUCAUUGUAGAAAAGGCACCAAGAUCAGAUGCUCCCGAUAUUGAUAAGAAAAAGUACUUGGUUCCAGCCGAUAUUACAGUAGGAAAGUUUGUUUAUGAAAUUAGAAAGCACAUGCCAAAGAUCAACGCUGAAAAGGCAAUUUAUUUGUUUGUUAAUAAUACUUUACCACCAACAGCCGCCUUUAUUUCACAAAUUUAUGACCGUUACAAGGACGAAGAUGGAUUUUUGUACAUUACUUACAGUGGUGAGAAUACCUUUGGUGACUCUGACAACUAA